UGGAGUACGGUUAUCUAAAAAAAAAGUUGAAUUUUCUUAUCAAGGCGGUUUACUGCUACUUAUAGUUUGAAGUAGGUUAACGGCAUAGUUCUGAUAGAGGGUUGCAUCAAAUUACAACGUUUACAGAGAAUAGACGAGGGCAGACAGAACAUUGUGAAAAAAUAAUAAGUAGGAAGGCUAUAUUUCACUACAAACAAAUUAUGAUUAAGAUCAUGAAGUUGUAAAACCGUAAGGCAAAUUACCUCAUAACUUAACCAAAAUACUGUAUGAUUGGAUUUUAACCGUGUUAUUUGGAGUGGAAAGAUCGCGUAGAUACACAUGUAAAAAAGUACUGCUUUUCUUGAUCGCACCUGAGUGUUAUUACCUUGACGGACAGGCAGAAUUUGUUUGUCGCGUUACGUAGGAUUAGAGGUUAUUAAAUUCACAAAGAUAUUCGACGGGAAAUCAAGGUAUAUGUGCCAUUGACACUUCUCACCCACAUAAAUAACGCGAGACUUGUAUGUGAAAAAAACAGAUCAGUUCAGUGGUGAUUAUUAUGAUUAGAAAACAACAGUUUAUUUAAAGUUCUGUGUGUAUCUUGAAAGGAUUACAAUGUGUUGCAUCCUUUAGUAAUAUUUACUCGUGAAUAGUGAUGUAUUUUAUGUUACAACUGAUUAACUAACAAGUAUUGACUUUUGAACGGGGACAACAAGGUUAAAGGUGUUUAUUUUUCAAUACACAUGCAAUCAACGAUUCGUUGAGAAAUCUACAUGAUCAAUUAAGUUUACCUGUUUGUUAGCAAGCAAGGUGCAAUAAACACACUACUAUCUUACUGCAGUGGGAAAGGAAAGAGAGGAAAAUACGUUAUUUUAUAAGUUGUUGUGUAUUUAAUUCGAUCAGAAUUCUUUUAAUUGGAUGCACAUCUUUUAACGUACGUAAAAGUGUUGUGCACAACAGUCAAAAUGUGUGAGAGUAUUACGGAUUGGUUUCAUAAUAUGUCGACUAACGAUAUAAACAAUGUGUCAACAACGUCUAAUGCUGGACACAAUGGAAUAGAGGAAGACUUUCAUCAUCAUGAUCAUGAUGGCUUCAGUGAUCAGUACUAUGGUUCCCCUGACAGUUCUAUGAAACAAUCUGCCAGAGAACAGAAAAGACGACCAAAGCCAAAAGAUGGAUCACUACUGGUGUGUGGUGUCUGUGGAGACAAGGCACUUGGAUAUAACUUUGAUGCCAUAACUUGUGAAUCGUGCAAGGCAUUCUUCAGGCGUAAUGCUCUCAAAACGAAGGUCUUCACCUGCAGCUUUGAUGGAAAUUGUAAGUUGGACACACACACAAGAAAGUUUUGUUCAGGUUGUCGACUGAAGAAAUGCUUUGAUAUAGGCAUGCGUAAAGACUGGAUCUUAAGUGAUGAACAACUUGCCAAGAGAAAAACAACUACUAAGCCUGAAAAGAGUGUUUGCAUCACUCACAAAAAUAAACAAAGGAAGAUGGAGGAUUCUCCAGGAAGUACUGAGGAUGUUUCAACGACUUAUAUGUCCGAGGACUCCAAUAAGAGCCCUAUGGAUGAUCUAUCCCCACUUAAAAGUGAUCUAGAGGACGAAGACUAUAUAGUGCCACUCAGUGAAGAGUACAGGAAGGAGAUUGAAAAUCUGGAAACCCAGUAUAAAAUUGUCUUUGAUUCUGGCUAUACAGAGGAACAGGUUCAGAAACUAACCGGUGACCCCAGAUCUCCUGAUGAGCUGUUUAAUAUGACUGAUAUAUUCAUACGCAGACUUAUCAAAUUUGCCAAACAUAUUCCAGAAUUCAGGGCUCUGCCUCAGGAAGAUCAGAUACAUUUAUUAAAGGGUGGCAUCAUGGAAAUAAUGGUUCUGAGAUCAGCUAUGGGAUUCGAUUCACGUGCCAUGCAGUGGAAAGUAAAAACAAAUCAACAAGAAGGAGAGAAACGACUAGAUCCAACAGUUAUUCAGAAGAACUUAGGAACGGGGAUGUAUGUUGAACAUGUCAAAUUUAUCCGCAGUCUCAAUGAAAUUACUCGUGCAAACAAAACAAUAAUGACCUUAUUAUUCGUCAUUGAACUGUUUUCAUCAGACCGACCAAACCUCAUAAAUAAAGACCUUGUGUCAAAAGGACAAGAGAAAUUCUCAACAUGGCUGCGAGCAUAUCUUGAAUCACAAAUCCCAGUCGGUGAAGCAAAGAUUACUUACCCCAAACUUCUCAUGAAGUUGUUGGAUGUACGAAGUCUCGGUGAGUCAAGUGCUCAACUAGCCUCACAUCUAGAUAUUACAAGACUUGAGCCCUUACUGGUAGAAGUAUUCAAUUUACAGAAAUAAACAUUUGUGAAUCAGGAGAUAUUAAACAAUGUGAGGGAAAUUUGAGUCAUAUAUGUUGGUACUUUUAAUAUUGUUUCAUGUUUAUGAUUAUAUGUUUAACGGCUCAAAUUGAAAUCAUAUGGUUAUAAAAUUCACAAAUGUUCCGGGCAUUUUAUAAAUAUGAAAUAGUGAUUUUCCCAAGUCACUGGCAGCAAUUAAUUAUGAAUACUGCCUGAUAACAUGCCAGCAUGCAUUUCAAAAAAAUGCACAAAUAAAUAUUGGCAAUGGGUAUAGUGCCAGUGGGCCUCUUGAUCUCAGACGGUUGUGUAAAAGGGGCAUGUGAUACUUAGUUUCAAAAACAGACAUCACAGAUUGUACUAAGAAAGUAUCUUUGUUAAUUUUUAGUUUUAUUUAAUUAACAUCACUCCUAUAUCAGCUGUCUCCUUGUUUGAUGUACAUUUUUUUUUGCUUUCUAAAUUUAUUGGAGGCUUAAAAGGAACACAAUCAGUGUUGUAUGAACGAAUAUUAAGAUAAAAAAACAAAACAGAAAUUUCUUGGAAAAUAAGGUGGUCACAAUUUACAGAAACGUUCAUAUCUUCAUAUUUAUUUGAUAUCAGCUGAAAUCUCAGGAAAUUGUUUACCUCUUAACCUAUGCAUUCAUACUCAUUGUGAAACAUUAUCAGAAAAACUAGGUACAAACUUAAACCUUUGAGGAACAUACCAGAACAUAAUAUCAAAUUCAGAUAUUUUUCUAGAAAAAAACUAGACGUCUUUUCUGAAAUUUUAAAGAAGACCUUUAUUUGUUGCUUAAACGUUUUUCUGAUACAUAUAAAAGGUGUAUUUUGUAGAGCAUGAAAUCGCAUUGUUAAAAUAAGGUGUCUCUAUGAUACACGCAGUAACAAUGAAUAGUAACCACCAUAUUUAUAAUUCUCAGAUGUACAUGUAUAAAUUUUUCACUUAUUAUUAGUAAAUAGUUUAUUUAUAUACUUCUUUAGAUAUGAAGACACAAAAUCAAUGUGAAUAUCAUUGAAUAGAAAUAUUUAACUUCUGCAUUUUUGUAAAAUACACCACAUUCAUAUGAUUCUGUAGUGAACAGUUUUAUACUUAGCUGCUUUUUUGCUUACAUUGUAAUUUUAUAAAGACAUUUUAGAACUUUUUGAUAUUGAAUCACAAUUAACUUCAUUGAUAUAGAUAAUAAAGUACAUGUACAAUUUUUGAUAUUUCUCUCAAUAUUUUAUACUCCUAAACUUUUCUGUAGAGUGUUUAUAAUGGAAUCAUCUUGCAAACUUUUUUUUUUAACAUGAUAAAAAUAAAGAAAUGACAAGUUUAUUGCAGUAAAAAAGGUGUUAAAUUAUGAUGUUUCAAACUGCAUAUGUUAUCAUACAAGGUACUAUUUUUGGAACUUAAUGAUGCAUUUUAAUUUUGGAUGAAGCUACACAGCAUUACUUCAGUGUUUUGGAACGUUUAACGCUUUGUUCAGGUUUAAAAGUUUGGAUAUUUUAUAUCAGCUUGAAUACUAUUUAAAGUCCAAAAAGUACUGCUUAUUUAAACAGGAAGAUAGUUCUUUUUUUUUAAAUAACAUAUGAAUUAAUAACACAAUACUGGUAGUUCACUUAAUUAAAAUUUCCAAUAUCCAUGAUAAAUAAAAUAUAUUCAAUAAUUAAAAGUACAUUGAGGUCCACUAGUAUGUCUCAGCUUGAAUGUAAAACAUAACAAUUCUCCUGGUAUUUGAAUGGUAAAUUAUCCCAGUAUUUUAUGGUAAUAGUUAACCGGUAUAUAACAGAUGCUUUGGAACUUUGACAUUUUAUUUUAAUUAAUAUCAUUAGAUAUUUGAAUUAAUGGUGGUUUAAUGAUUUUGAGUAAUGAAAUGGUACAUACCAAGGUUAAUAAACAGUAUUGUGUCAAUACGUCUACAUUUGUAGGGUACAUUUUUAACCAGUUUAAAGUUGUUACGAAACCAGUUUAAACAUUACAAUUCUAGGGCUUUUACAAAAAAGCACAUUUGGCUUUCUAAACUGUCCUCUGUGCAGAAACUUGAUAUUUUUGAGAUCACAUAAGAGCAUCUGAUUAUUGACUGUUGUCAAACGUUUAGCUGACAUUCAUUAAAAUGAAAUGAUGUAGAUGAAUACUUAAUAUAAAUAAAAAGUUGAUAUUAUUAAAUUUGUAUAGAUAUAUGAAUUGAUAAACUUUCAGUUUGAUUCACACCCCCACAAAAAAAGUCUGGGAAAGUGACUUUCACGAUACAAUGAAGAAAGAGGUCAGAUGAUAUUGCAUAUCAUUUCAUAAAUUGAUUGAUAAAAUUUAGAUUUUUUAUUGUUAAAAUUUUAUUUAGAAUAGACUUGAUGUAUUAAGUUAUAUAUGUACAGCAACUCUGUAGUGAAAAUCACAGCCAUAAUAUGUAUGAAGAUGAUUUUAAAUUGUCAUGGUUUUAUAUCAAAGAGAAUUAAAGAUAAUUCAAAGUAUAUAAUUGAAAGAUGAAUUUUACCAGUAAUAUAUAAUGAUUGACAGACUAAGAACGUCUUUAAAUUUUUAUUAAAUUUGUAUAUAGAAAAGAAAAAUAUCCAGUGGUCUUCUUUGUUUAUUGAAUUAUUUAUUUUUUUAAUUUUGAAGUUUACUCAACUAUUGAGAUCAUUUGCAGUGAAAAGAGGUUAAAAAUGUGGGUCUAAGGUCAUAUUUUGUUAAAAACAAUGAAUGAAAUGGCUGUAACAGAUAAAAUAUUGUACUUCAAGGGAGAUUUUUGUUACCCAUUCCUUAAUAAUAUGGCUAAGUUGCAAAGAAUGUUGUUUUACCUGUGUAAAGGAAAUUCAUGUUCUAUAGCAAAAUAAAUUCCAGAGGAAAAGGCGAUUUAUUUUGAAAGAAGUCAGCAAUCAUAAAUUUUCUUUUGAAACAUUAAAAAAGGACAAAGUAGAGGCUGGAAAACCAUUUGUAAUAAUAUAAUCAGAAUAAUUUCUAAUAAUGAACUAUAACUCAUAUAAUGAGUAUAAUUAUAAAAUUGUAUACCGGAUCAACGAACCGAUGUUUAUGUUUAUAUACAAUAGGAAUUACAGCCCACAUGAUUCUAACAUAGUAUACAACCAGUUAGGUUUACUUAUUAGUAUUAUGAUAUUGAUUUUGUAUCUAUUGUCAUAUAUAUAAAGUUUAGAGCAAAAACAAGAAUAUUGUGGGUUUUAUACAUUUUCAUUUUCACAAGGUCAUGUCUUAACCAUCAAUUUGUCCUAUUAUGACAUUAAAAUGUAACGGUCACAAAAAUGGAUUUUUUUUCUUAGUAUGGAUAUAAGCCAAGUGAUAUAAGUAUUUAGUACAAUGACAUUUCUUUGUAUCUGAAUGUUUGCCUGACAUAAUCAUAAAAUUGAGAAAGGAAAUAUUAGUCUAUAUUAUUGACAUAUUUUGAUUAAGUUUUUUUUUAAGGAAAAUGCAACUUAUACUAUUCUACUUAAUCUUUUGAAGAAUUGAAAUUUAUUGUGUGAAAACCUUUUCCCAUGCUUCUUUGCUUGAAAUAGAUUUUUUUUAUUGCUUGUAUUGUAAAUAGCUAAUGAAAGAUUGGUCUAUUAGUUAUUUAUAGACAGUAAUUUUUAAUCAAGAGUUAUAAUGUGAAACUAUUGCUUCCAAUUAAAUGAAAAGCAAUUAUAGAUUAAAAUCUACACCACAUGUAAAAAAAACCCAGAUUUUUAUUCUUUAAACUUGAUCUAAUUGUGAAUAAAUUUUAAAAUGAAAGCCUCUCUUGUUUUGGCAUGAACUAAAUUAUACUUUGAAACAAACUUUGCAUUGAGAAGUCAAAAUAAAUUGUUUCUUAAUUUGCACUAUAUUGAUUAAAUGACUUGGAAUUAUCUUGGAUCAGAUCUGAAAUUGACAAGUAUAUCAUUUCAAAAUCAGAAAUUAACACUCAACAGGUAAACAAUGACAAAUUAUUCAAGAGAAUAAAGAAUUAUUUGUGCAGUAAAAGUAACAAUGUAGGCCAAGUAGUAAGGUAGACGUAAUUGAUGAAAUUAUGCAUUGAGGAAUUGAAAAGAGAAGAAAAUCGAUGGUGAAAAACAUCAAACUUGUUAACGAGGAAAUUUAUGAGUAUUGAUUUCUCCGGUUGUUUUGAUUGAACAUCUUGUGUAGGUAUCACUGCUUCUACUGAUAGCUAGCUUUGUUUCUUAAUUAUUCAAUAGUUGGAAAAAAAUAUGGAUCAAAUCGUUAUUGUGAUGACUGAACAUUAAAGCCAAAAUUACUUUUUUUUCUCAACCAGUAAUUGAGCUCUUUUAUCCAAAUGGAUAGCAUCAAGUUUAAUUUAAAUCUUUAUGGCCUUUCCUUAUGAAGGAACAGAUUUUGAUUUCAUAUGAUUUCUCACAGACAUCCAAUAAUUUAAUUUUAUGAAGACUAUGAAAAAGAACAGUCAACUUCUCUUCCUUCUCUCCAGUCAGUGCACAGGGAUCAUAUGGUCUGUAUUUUAUAAAAUGUCAUAAUAAUCCAUUAAUCUACAUCAAGGAAGUUUUGCGCUUGGAAUUGUUUGAAUGUGACAGGAAUCUUAACUGAUUUUGCCUAGAGCUCUUCAAAAAAAAUUUGUUUUUGAAGUUAAGGAAUUUAAGCAUGAUUUUGUAGAACUGAAGCCUUUCAAAGUCUUGAAGUGAAAUUUCUGUUUCCUUUAAUUGGUUAAGACACAUUGCUUCUUCUACUAGCAUAUCCAGCAUUCUGUUGAUAUAUGAUCUUACUAUAACUUAUAAGGGUUCAAAUAUUCAUGUUCAAAAAUAUAAAAAUUCUUAAUUCAUUGAAUUCACUUUAUUUCAAACUUGCUCAGUUCUAUAUUUGUUCUACCUUGAAUUAGAAUAGCCUGGAGGGUAACCUGUAAAAAACAUUUAAAGUUUGUUCUCAAUCCCUGCACUUUUUGUACCAUCAUUAUAAUGGCCACUAAAAAUCAUUUUCCUUUGUCCAUUUUAAGGACAGGCCAGUCAAUAGAUACAUAGAUUUGUAAGUCCAUGUAGGUUGAUUGACAAAAGCUUGGCUUGUUCUAUCAAAACAGUAAGAAGCCCUGACAAAUACCAUUCACAGAAACAAAACGAAUAAAAGACUUGUAUGACAAUUUGAAUAAGUGUCUGUCAUUUUAUUUUCGGACAACUGACCAAUCAAUAUGGUUCUGAAAGUGACGUAAAGUCAUAUGUAAUUGUCAGCUAAUGAUAUUGUCUGUGAAGAAUUUGGUCACGAUUUGUUGUUUUGUUUCUUAUCAUAGGAAUUAACUGUAGGCAGAUAUAUGUCAUCACUUGGAUAAUGAUUACCUUCCAAAUUAACUGUGCAGAAUUAUUAAUACAAAUUAUAUUAGUCACCUAUUAUGGUAGAAACAAAAUGAGUUCUUGAUAAAACCAUGACUAUUCAACAGCUCCUUGUAAUUAACUUUUUUAAACAAAGAAAUUGCUUAUUGAUUUUUAGAGAUCAUCGAGAUAUGGCUUUUCAUAUUUUGUUGUCAAAGAGAGACAACUCUAAUUAAAUAUCAUGUUUAAUAUUUUGACUUUGUAAUAUAUGAUUAAGUAGAAAUGUUUUAGUAUUAUCUUGUUGCAUAAGUGAUAUGUAUAGCACAAAAAAAAAUAACUGAUGUUAUGCAUGCAUCUGUUUAACUGCGCCUUUCUUUAGAUCCUUGAAACGAGAGUAUAUGUUUACCUGUUUUAAUGUAUCGUUCUUUUAUCAACUUUUUAAUAUUCAUGAUGUCUUUUUAUUCUAAAGCAAAGGUUGCUUUUUGUUUUUGCUACUGCAAAAGUAUUUUUUGGUUUGUUAUGUAUAAUAAAUGAAAUCACUUGUUAGAAUUUGUAAAUUACCGGUAAUUGGAAGCUCUAGAAAAGCAUAUGAAAGUAUUUCAUUUAAUAUUACAUCCUUAAUUUUCAAAAAUAAUGGGGGAUGAAAAUAGAAUAAUUUGUUUCGGUUUUUAAUAUUUUCUUUUGCUUUUAGCUGUGGUGAUCAUGAAUACCGGUGAAACAUAGAUAACUUAUUCCAUACCAUAUAUAAUGGAAGGCUGGAUUGCUAACUUUUGUGCAACUUUUUGUUAAAAAAAAUGAUGAAACUUUUAAAAUUUAUUGAUGAAGAGAUUUUGGUCUUAAGGUACUUUAGAAAAAUUCUAAUUCUUUUGACAGAGUGAAAAGAAUACAAAAUUGUAAUGCAUUUGUUACAUGUACAAAAAUAACAUGAAAGCCUUCCUUUUAUUUAUUUGUUAUUUGAUAGCACCCACUCAUUAUAAAGUAGUAAGUACUACAUUAUUACAGCCAGUUAAGUUGUUCCUUGUUUUGUAUUUUUAGUCAGUGCUGUAAUUGGUCAUAUGAUCAUGUCAUGUGAUCAGUGCUGUAAUUAGUCAUGCGAUCAGUGCUGUUAUUAGUCAUGUGAUCAGUACUGUGUCAUUUGUGUUUCAUAUUAUAGAAGAUGGCACCAAUUUUCCUGAUUCUUUGAGAAAUAUUUGUUUCACAAUUUGAUGGUUUCCAGAGAAAAUUAAGUUGUUAUCAGAUAAAUAAGAUUUUAUAAGAUACUAGUUUUCUCAUCUUGAAAUUAAUGAUGAUUUAAUUUUCAAAUGAUAUAAAAAUCAUCCUGGAUCUAUCAUGUUUAUUUAUUUUGUAUAACUUUAUAUUGAGAAGUUUUUAUGAAAUUUUGUUAUGUUUAAUCAAAGGUGGAAAACUGGUGCCAAAACAAGCAUAGCACAGUAUGAUUUAAUCUUGUGUAAUAUAAAAAUUUGGAGAAAAAUACACAAUGAGAUAAGAUGUCACAUUAUGUGUUUUAGUUAUUAACACAUUGUGUUGUUACAAUGUUCUCAAGUGUAAAUAAAGUUACAUGUUACAAAAG